AAAAAAAAGAAGAAACGCUUUGUCAUGUUUCACACUAACCCGUGUGUGAAUGUGUGUGUGUGUUUGACAACUACCAUUAGUCAGCAGGACACACACAUAUAGUCACAUUUCGUCCUGUGGGGUUUGCAGAUUGACCGGAUGCAGUUGUUUUGAAAUUAUCAGCUCGUUGCUCUCUCUCUGUCUCUCUCUCUCUCUCUCCCUCUCCCCCCUCUCUCUUACAAACACACACUCACACACACUCGGAUCUCCUGUGUUCGUGUCUCCGCUUUUCCUCCACGCCACCUGUGUGUGUUUUUGUGAUAAUGGCUGUAAAUAAAACCUACAUCAGUAUCGGCUACGCGUCGUUUGGUGUGCUCAUGGGCUUCUCUGCUUUCCUGGUGUGGAACAUCGUGUACAAUCAGCCGUGGACUGCAGCCAUGGGAGGACUGUCAGGUGUGCUGGCACUCUGGGCCCUGAUCACUCACAUCAUGUACCUGCAGGACUACUGGAGGACCUGGCUGAGGGGCCUCAAGUUCUUCUUCUUCAUUGGUGUCUUCUUCUCUCUGCUGGCAGUCAUAGCCUUCAUCGCCUUCCUGUCUAUUGGCAUCAGGAACAAAGAGUCCCUGACUGACCCUCGGAGUCUCUACCUGUCCUGUGUGUGGAGCUUCAUGAGCCUGAAGUGGUCCUUCGUGCUGGCCUUGUGCGCUCACCGCUACCGCAAAGAGUUUGCCGACAUCAGUAUCCUCAGUGACUUCUAAGGGGACUGAACAAUCCCACAGUGACCAUUCAGACUCUACAGUACACUCACUGUGCUGGCUUCCCAACCCGAGAGUGUCACAGUGUGGGAGAGAAGGAGGACACUUUAAGAGGAAUCAGGGGAGAGUUUGAAAUACUUUGUGUUGUGGAUGAACACCAUUGUCUCCCCCACGAAACCUCUUCUGUUUUACGUGUGCAGGAUUUGUUGUUGACUCGGCCGAUUUACAGACAAAUCCUGCCCUGUUUUAUAUGAUAGAUUUUAUUCUCUUACAUUUUCACUUCCUCAGCAUCUUGCUUAGUCAUGCGUCUGCACAAUUUCUUCAUGACAAAAUAAAUCCAGAAUAUGGUCUAUUUCUUACCAUGACACAGUGAAGCGAACUGUUGUUUCAACACACUCCCCAGUGGUAGUUAUCAGUUGCAGUUACAUACUGUAGCCACUAGAGGGAAUCACUCUUCCAACAAUUAAAACACAUGCACAGUACAUGUGUAGUGCUUCACAUCCCAACUUUGUCAUAUUACAUCUAUGUAUUUUCUUUAUUGUUUUUUUCUGUAUCAGUGAAUGAUAAAAUAACCUUACAGCAGACAUGUUUCCAUCACAAGUUGCACAUACAAAUGAUGAAAUGUGAAUAUCACAGUGGUGAAUACAAUGCUUUAAUGUUGAUGCGCUGCUUUAACACAGUGUGUCAGGGUCUUGCAAACAGGGCAGGUCCCCCAAAAUCCUGCAACAUCAAAGUGAAUGCGUUCAUGUGCAAUUCUAAAUAAGCACCACAUGUCCUGUUCAAUACACUUCUGAACUUUAAAGAGGCAUUUUUAAUGUAAAGAAUGAUUUUUGUAUUAUUUUUUAUCAGUAUGAGUAAAAACACUCAAAGAAAGUGACAACAUUAGAUCUCAUAAGUGUGAAGACGGCCCUCAGUUGGGGCUUCACAACAGCAGUGAUGUCACUAAUGUGCAUGCUCAAGUAUUCAUGUUGUUUAAUGAUACAUCGUCUUCGUCAAAAUCAUUUAGGUUGUUGCUUACUGAGAUUAUUUUACUGUAUUUCUUUAGCCCGUGUAUCACUUGACUGAAUGUAGGAGUGUGUGUUUGUAUAGGAGUGUGUGUGAGAAUCAUGUUAAUAAAAUGUGUUUUUUUUUGACA